AUGAUGUGGACGCAAACGGGCUCAAAUCUGUAUGUAAAGAAGAAGGUCCUGCGAGACGGACAGCAGCUCGAGGUGGAGGUGUUCUACUUAGCGUAUCGUUCCGCCGACGAUGUCGAGUUCCCCGCCGACGAUGUUGAGUUCCGGGUGACGAAGCAGGUGCAUCCAGAACGAAAUAGUCUCCGUUGCGUGCGCCCCAUCCGGUGUCAAGCAUCUACACCACAAAGCGCUCGAUUACGACGUGGGCACGGCACCGUUAUCUACAACGCCGAAGCCAAGAAGCGAAUUGCAGCCGCCAGCAAGGACGAAUCCGUCACCAAGGAGCAACGUGACGCUGUAAAGCUUCUGCUCAGCACGAUCGACCUGACGAACAAAACCGUUGGCGACGCCAUUUUCGAUAUGCUCGUCGAAACGGUCCUCCACUAUCGUCAAGGUGGAAGAUCAGAACGUGUUCACGACGACCGAUGCCGAGCGCAUCUGCCGGAAGGUCUGCAGGCCGCCAUCAACGAAAUCGUGGCCAAGUAUCCUUGCGGGAGGUCGUUUGUGCGACCGUCCGGAAUCAAGGACGUUGGGCGGGAGUACGCCGAGUCCGAAACCAAGAACGGCAAGCUGCAGCUGGCGCUCGAAGUGGCCAACAUUGUGUAUGACCGAGCUGGAGGUGUUGACGCUCGGCCGGAACUGGCCAAGAUCUAA